CUUCACCAAAUAACAAAUCGUUCAAAAGAAUGCGAUUUCAAUUUUUGUGUGCAAUAACUCUUGAUCAGGCCAUAUUUAUUUUACGGCCGAACGUUGAAUUACUAUGACCCCUUCCCAUGAAAAUCAGAUGGUUAACAAAAAAAAUCAUUAUUUAUAAAUUACUCCAUAGAAGAGCAUGAACUUUAUACACUAUAAAUAUCAAAUCAUAUUCUAUUUUAUACAAGCAAAUUAGAAACAAAUAUGGCCGAAAUUCUCAAGUGUUUUUAUACUAUGAAUUUAUUUAUUUUCUUAAUUAUUUUACCAGCGAAAAUCCGUGGUGAACAUAUUCAAUGUGUAAUUGAUGACGAUUGUCCAAAAUCUUUGAACAAGUUAUUAAUUAUCAAGUGCAUUAAUCAUGUAUGUCAGUAUGUUGGUAAUCUCCCUGAUUUUGCAUCCCAGAUCCCAAAGAGUACGAAAAUGCCCUACAAAGGAGAAUGAGUUAUUGUCCAAGAAGCUAAAAUAAAUAAAUGUGAAAAUAUACCUUAUGAUAGGAGAUAUUCCAAAAGAUGUCAUUUAAAUAUUGUAUUUGAACCCAAAAAAAAAAUUCUUUUCCAAAGUUCAGGAACCUUUCAUUUAUGAUUAUGUAAUUUAAAGUGAUGAUAAAGACAACAAAGUGUAUUAUUUAUAUUUCCUUCUUCUCUCUUAAUUUUAGAAGUAUCACGAUGGCAGCAAUUGAAGAAUAUCACACCUUAUUUUCAGUCCCGCCACCUAUAAGAAUGACUUUGAUAGUUAGGUCGAAGAUGUUUUUGUUACCUUACUUUAAAUCCUAUUUUAAUUUUCAUGUCAUAA